UUGGAAAUAGGACACCUGACACUUACUCUCUUGUUUCAUGAAGGAGCUGCAAGAACUUUUGAAGCUGGACCUGACAAUGUGCAGUCUGAAAUGCUGCAGCUUAGAUGCAUUUUUUCUUUUGGUGCUGUGUAGGUCUGUGCAGGUUUCUGAAGCUGAAGGAAAAGGUGAAAUUCUUCCCCCAACCAUACAAAAUAUAAUAAAAGGAUACAACAAAUAUCUACGUCCAUUUUUUGACAAUGGUCCUGUGUCUGUUGGAAUGAGUCUGGAUAUUGCAAGCAUUGAUACCAUAUCAGAAAUAAAUAUGGAUUACACAGCAACCAUAUUUCUGAGGCAGCGGUGGACUGAUGAGAGGCUUUGUUUUGAUGGCAAUAAGAGUUUAAGUUUAGAUGGUCGGCUUGUGGAAAUGCUCUGGGUUCCAGAUACUUUCAUAGUUGAUUCAAAGAAGUCUUUUCUUCAUGAUAUCACUGUUGAGAAUCGUUUGAUAAGAAUAUACCCUAAUGGAACAGUCUUGUAUGCUAUAAGGAUUACCACAACUGUUGCAUGCAGCAUGGACCUGACCAAAUACCCAAUGGAUAAGCAGACGUGUACCUUGCAACUGGAAAGCUGGGGUUACAAUAUCAACGAUGUCAUGUUUUACUGGACUAGAGGAAAUGAUUCUGUUCGUGGAUUGGACACACUCCAGCUGGCACAAUACACAGUGGAAGACCACUUUACUUCAGUAUCUGAAGCAGUAUAUGAAACAGGACGCUACCCCAAGUUAGUGUUUCACUUUGAGCUCAAAAGAAACAUCUUGUAUUUCAUACUAGAGACAUACGUACCAUCAAUUCUCCUGGUUGUGCUCUCCUGGGUGUCAUUUUGGAUAAGCCAGUCAUCCGUUCCAGCCAGAAUCUGCAUAGGUGUUACCACAGUCCUCACUAUGACAACGCUGAUGAUGGGAGCCAGGACUUCACUCCCAAAUGCUAACUGCUUUAUUAAGGCAAUUGAUGUGUACCUUGGCAUCUGCUUCAGUUUCAUCUUUGGAGCAUUGUUAGAGUAUGCUGUGGCUCAUUUCUGCACUCUGCAUCGACCCAGUUCAAAGGAAAUUCCAAAGGAUGAGGAUGAAGGGACUGAAGAAGAAAGGAAUGGAGUUCUGGCAGCAGUUGCUAACAGUUGCAGUGCUUCUGACACCACGAACAAAAUUGAUUCAGACAAGGGCAGCAAAACCAGCAUCAAUGGCAAAAAGGAGAGAAAUAAGCACAGUGGGUGUAGCUCGCCAAUGUCCAUAAUGAAAAGUCUUUUCUGUAUCUUUGAUUGUUUCCAUGUUAAAAAUCCUUACCGCAUAGACAACUACGCCAGAUUUUCUUUUCCAUUAUCAUUCAUCAUAAUUAAUGUAUUUUAUUGGGUAUAUUAUUUGUAUUUCUAAAUCUUUUGAGGUGUAAAACUGUCAUGGCUCAAUAUCUAGACAGGAGAUAUGGUUGGUGAAGUUACAGAAGAAGGAGGAAGCUGCCUUAGGGAAAAGGGAUGUUGGUGGACAUGCUCUUUUCAAGCUUUUAUGCCAAGUCUCAUUAACUAUCUUUUCUGCUGUUAAAUGACUGUCAUCUGAAAUUGACUUUCCUUUUAGCAUGCAUAUCCCAUAUUACACUAUUUGUCAGUGGCCACAGUGUCCUUUUUUAAUAUUUUAAUGGCCAACUUUGUAAAAUAAAAGUUA